AUGGCAAUGGAGACUGUAGUCCAGCAUUUCAAUAGUGGAGCGCUGAGCUACGAAGAACUUACCGGCGGCUGCACAAGAGAACUCGCUCGAUAUAUUGUCCAACUUUCUCCCGAGGUGGCACCAGAGUCAACCAUCCUGGACAACGCUUGUGGGCCAGCGAUUGUCUCUGAGGAGAUUCUACGCACGAUUCCCAGAGACGCAGGCCAGCCUGCCAUCUAUGCUGUUGAUGCGGCCCCUGCCAUGAUCGAGCUGGCACGCUCCAAGCCAGAUCUCACAGUACAUGAAUCAGUUCGACUUGAGACUAUGCACUCAGAGAAUCUCUCAUUCUCCACGGACACUUUUACCCACUCUUACACCAACCUCGGCAUCCUCUUCUUUACUGACGGGGUGCAAGGUGCAAGGGAGAUUUACCGCACCCUUAAACCUGGAGGCACCGCAAUCGUGACCACUUGGGCCGACCUUGGCUAUCUUCCUAUUGUUCGGAAAGCGCAAGCUGCCAUCCGCCCCGACGAACCCCCCUACGCGGUUUCCAUUAGUGAGUCCUGGUUUUCUGGUGAUCAUCUUGAGCGAGUCCUACGAGAUGGAGGGUUUACGAGGAUAGACAUCCUGGAGAAGAAAGUGCACAUGUGUGCCCCUAGCCUCACCGGAGUGAUUAAUAUUUUGUACAAGGCAUUCUAUUCUGUAUGUGAGGAUUGGAGUGGAGAGGAGCAGGUACGUUUCAAAAGCCAGUUGUUGCACUUUGCGCAGCCAACAGCGAGGACUUUGCAUCGGCGGGAGGGAGCAUCAAGCGGGGGUGAACAAGUCGGCAUACCUAUGACAGCUAUUGUCGCCAUCGCUAGGAAAUAA